UAAAUCUCGCACCAAAAGCACAGCAAUAUUACAUGAAAGGCAGCUCCUGCUUGUUUUACAUUGGGGGAAACAUAGCCUAGUGACUGUCAGAGAUUCCUGUUCUCCUGUCUAACAUCAGCCUGUAAAGAUGAAGUUAUCUGCCUCCCUGCUGCUGGUACUACUGCUAAGGUGCUGUGAUAUGAGUCUGAGCACCUUCAAGAAAGCUGUGGAGAGCCCAGGGAAGAAGCAGUACCAGGUCCAGCAUGGAGCUUGCAGUUAUACCUUCCUGCUCCCUGAGGUGGACAGCUGCCGCCCUGCCCCUGCCACUCCUCAGGUGUCUAACUCUGUGCAGAGAGAUGCCCCUCUGGACUAUGAUGACUCCAUACAAAGGCUACAGGUUCUGGAGAAUAUUAUGGAGAACAACACACAGUGGCUUCUCAAGCUUGAGAACUACAUUCAAGAUAAUAUGAAGAAAGAAAUGGUGGAACUGCAGCAGAAUGCGGUACAGAACCAGACAGCUGUGAUGAUAGAGAUUGGAACCAGUCUUUUAAACCAAACAGCAGAGCAGACAAGGAAGCUAACUGAUGUUGAAGCACAGGUGUUUAAUCAAACAAGCCGACUUGAGCUCCAACUUUUGGAACAUUCACUAUCGACAAACAAAUUAGAAAAACAAAUAUCAGAUCAGACAAGUGAAAUAUCAAAGCUGCAAGAUAAAAACAGUUAUUUAGAAAAAAAGGUCCUGAACAUGGAAGACAAGCACACAGCACAACUCCAGUCGAUGAAAGAAGAAAAGGAUAAACUCCAGGUCCUGGUGCUCAAGCAAAAUACUAUUAUAGAGGAGCUAGAGAAGCAGCUAAUUACCGCUUCGGCAAAUAACUCGUUCCUCCAAAAACAACAGCAUGAUUUGAUGGAGACUGUACAUAAUCUGUUGACAAGGAUGUCACCACAUGAUGCACCCAGAGCCUCAUUCGUAGUAAAAGAAGAGCAAAUAACAUUUAAAGACUGUGCUGAAGCCUAUAAAUCAGGACUAACUACGAGCGGUAUCUACACCAUAACUGUGCCUAACACCACAGAGCAGGUCAAGACUUUCUGUGACAUGAAAACGGAUGGUGGUGGCUGGACUAUUAUUCAGAACCGUUUUGAUGGUAGUGUUGACUUUCACAGAACAUGGAAAGAGUACAAAAAGGGAUUUGGUGAAGCUUCAGGAGAAUACUGGCUGGGAAAUGAAAUUGUGUCCCAGCUGACAAACCUACAGAAAUAUGUUCUGAAAAUCCAAUUGAAAGACUGGGAAGGAAAUGAAGCAUUUUCCUUAUAUGAACACUUCUACCUGGGAAACGAAGUGCAAAAGUACAGGAUUCAACUCAAAGGAUACACGGGGACAGCGGGCAAAAUAAAUAGCAUAAGCCAACCAGGAAAUGAUUUUAGUACAAAGGAUGCAGACAAUGACAAGUGCAUUUGCAAAUGCUCACAAAUGGCAACAGGAGGCUGGUGGUUUGAUGCCUGUGGUCCGUCCAACCUGAAUGGGAUGUACUAUUCAUUGGGUCAGAACACAAACAAAUUUAAUGGAAUCAAAUGGUACUACUGGAAAGGCUCGGGCUACUCUCUAAAGGCAACAACAAUGAUGAUUCGACCCGCUGACUUUUAAGCAACAUUUUACAACAGGAUGUUGCGUUGUAUUGUCCAUUAAGCAAAGACAGUUCGCCAAAACCUUACGGAAAUGUCACAGCUGCAAUCUUGUGUUUUAAGCUCCUGGUGGAGACUGUGCACCAAUACAGUGGACAGUGGAUUAAAUUGUAUUAAUGACAAAGUCUCCAGUGAUACUUAGGGUUAAAUAACGUAAUUACAAGAAUGAAUAAAAACACCAUUUAGUGUUUUCAAACCAGUCAACUGCAGUAUUUUAUUCAAUCGCCUCUGACUGGCAUGUAAAUAACUGGAACUGUAAACUAAACACAGAACAACUUGUGCAGAAUUUAACAUGCAGUCUUUAGGGCAGCCUACCUGCAAACCACUUUGUAUUAUGUUUUGUAUUAUGUGGUGUACAUACAAUUGUAAAUUAACUGUAUACUGUAUUUUUUUUCUGCUGUGUUACACACACAAUUUAGAGGGUGCAAAAUUAUAUCCUUUAACGGUUUUUUUUAUCGUUCUCUAUGACACUAUAUCAUCUAAUGAAGAAGACCGCAUAUUACACCAGCUAUUUCUCGAACCACUUAUUAUUGCCUACAGGAGCAAUGUUUGCUGCACAUCUGUUAGAUGCUCAAGCGUUUCAGAUUAGCGUACGUGGUUGUUUUAAGGCUAAAUGGAAACAUUUAGGAUUUUAAAUUUUUUUUUUUUUUUUUUUUUUACACAUUGUCUUGGAAUUCAACGUUUUAAGAUUUUUUUAAUUUAAUUUUUUUUUUUUUUUUUAAACCAAACAACAUCUUUCAAUUCUUAAGACUGCACUUUUUUUCUACAGUAGCUGGUCUAUGCAUAACAAUAAUAAUGCAACUGAUAAAAUGUUGCAAUACACCAAAGAACUUGAAUUAUGUUUAAAUGUGUGCAGAUUUUAAAUAUAGAAUGUUUUUCUAGACAUGGUAUGCUUUUUUUGUAUUAAUGCUUUAUGGGCACCAGAU